AUGGCAACAUACGCUGAAAAGGAUUUUGAUUCCAAUAACUAUAAUGUCAAUAGACCAAGAUAUCCAAACUCUUUAUUCAAUGCAUUAUUUGAAUAUCAUCAAGGUCCUAAAAAUUUAGCAUUAGACGCUGGUUCAGGUCCUGGUACUGCAUCUUUCCCACUUUUAGAUCAUGGUGUUGAAAAAGUCAUUGCAACGGAUGCUUCUGAUGUAAUGAUCAAACCUGGUGUUGAAUCAAUUACCCCAGAUUUAAAAGAUAAGAUUGAAUUUAAAGUUUUCCCUGCUGAAAAUUUAAUUGAACCUUUAGAAGGUCAAACAGCUGAUCUUGUUAUAGUUGCUGAAGCUUUACAUUGGAUUAAUCAUGAUGAAUUUUUUGAACAAGCCUCAAAAGCUUUAAGACCAAAUGGAACUUUAGCUUAUUGGGGUUAUGUUGAACCAAGAUUUAUUGAUUUCCCUAAAGCUAAUGAAAUUUAUCAAAAAUAUGUUUAUGAAGAUGAUAGAUAUAUGGGACCAAAAUGGAUUCAACCAAGUAAAAAUUUCCUUAGAUAUUUUUUCAAUGAUGUUCAUGUUCCAAAUGAAUGUUUUAAAGAUAUUGAAAAACAUGAUUAUUAUCCAGGUGAAACAAAGACUCAUACAGCUUAUUUCCACGGUGAUUCAAAAUAUACAAUGAAGAAAUUUAUUGAUUAUUUACAAAGUUGGAGUGCUUAUCAUACAUGGCAAAAGGAUAAUGUUGAUAAAGGUGAAGAUAUUGCAAUUUUAUUCACUAAUGAAUUGAAAGAAACUUUUGGUUGGACAGAUGAAACAGAACUUAGGGUUGAAUGGGGGACAACUUAUACAUUUGCAAGAAGAAAGUAA